AUGGCGCCCACUCAGCCCAGUGUCCGCUCUGAGGUCUUCAAACCGUGCGUUGAGGAUAAAGACCUGGCGUUCUGUCUGAACGAAGGAGAGUGCUCCAUCAUCCAGACCGUGGCCGGGACAGAGGAGGUGCAGACAGAGGAGGUGCUGUCAGAGGAGGUGCUGUCAGAGGAGGUGCAGACAGAGGAGGUGCUGUCAGAGGAGGUGCUGUCAGAGGAGGUGCAGACAGAGGAGGUGCAGACAGAGGAGGUGCAGACAAAGAAGGUGCAGACAGAGGAGGUGCAGUCAGAGGAGGUUCUGUCACAGCAGGUGCAGACAGAGGAGGUGCAGACAGAGGAGGUGCUGUCAGAGGAGGUGCAGACAGAGGAGGUGCAGACAGAGGAGGUGCUGUCAGUGGAGGUGCUGUCAGAGGAGGUGCUGUCAGAGGAGGUGCUGUCAGAGGAGGUGCAGACAGAGGAGGUUCUGUCAGAGGAGGUGCUGUCAGUGGAGGUGCUGUCAGUGGAGGUGCUGUCAGAGGAGGUGCUGUCAGAGGAGGUGGUGUCAGAGGAGGUGCUGACAGAGGAGGUGCACACAGAGGAGGUGCUGUCAGAGGAGGUGCUGUCAGAGGAGGUGCUGUCAGAGGAGGUGCAGACAGAGGAGGUGCAGACAGAGGAGGUUCUGUCACAGCAGGUGCAGACAGAGGAGGUGCAGACAGAGGAGGUGCUGUCAGAGGAGGUGCUGUCAGAGGAGGUGCAGACAGAGGAGGUGCAGACAGAGGAGGUGCUGUCAGAGGAGGUGCAGACAGAGGAGGUGCAGACAGAGGAGGUGCAGACAGAGGAGGUAUUGUCAGUGGAGGUGCUGUCAGUGGAGGUGCUGUCAGAGGAGGUGCUGUCAGAGGAGGUGCAGACAGAGGAGGUUCUGUCAGAGGAGGUGCUGUCAGUGGAGGUGCUGUCAGAGGAGGUGCUGUCAGAGGAGGUGCUGUCAGUGGAGGUGCUGUCAGAGGAGGUGCAGACAGAGGAGGUGCAGACAGAGGAGGUGCACACAGAGGAGGUGCACACAGAGGAGGUGCUGUCAGAGGAGGUGCAGACAGAGGAGGUGCUGUCAGAGGAGGUGCUGUCAGAGGAGGUGCAGACAGAGGAGGUGCAGACAGAGGAGGUGCACACAGAGGAGGUGCAGACAGAGGAGGUGCAGACAGAGGAGGUGCACACAGAGGAGGUGCUGUCAGAGGAGGUGCUGUCAGAGGAGGUGCUGUCAGAGGAGGUGCAGACAGAGGAGGUGCAGACAGAGGAGGUGCUGUCAGUGGAGGUGCUGUCAGAGGAGGUGCUGUCAGAGGAGGUGCAGACAGAGGAGGUGCAGACAGAGGAGGUUCUGUCAGAGGAGGUGCUGUCAGUGGAGGUGCUGUCAGAGGAGGUGCUGUCAGUGGAGGUGCUGUCAGAGGAGGUGCUGUCAGAGGAGGUGCAGACAGAGGAGGUGCAGACAGAGGAGGUGCUGUCAGAGGAGGUGCUGUCAGAGGAGGUGCAGACAGAGGAGGUGCUGUCAGAGGAGGUGCAGACAGAGGAGGUGCUGUCAGUGGAGGUGCUGUCAGAGGAGGUGCAGACAGAGGAGUUAAAAAAGACCAGGCUCUGUGUGGACCAGGCUCUGUGUGGACCAGGCUCUGUGUGGACCAGGCUCUGUGUGGACCAGGCUCUGUGUGGACCAGGCUCUGUGUGGACCAGGCUCUGUGUGGACCAGGCUCUGUGUGGACCAGGCUCUCUGUGGACCAGGCUCUGUGUGGACCAGGCUCUGUGUGGACCAGGCUCUGUGUGGACCAGGCUCUGUGUGGACCAGGCUCUGUGUGGACCAGGCUCUGUGUGGACCAGGCUCUGUGUGGACCAGGCUCUGUGUGGACCAGGCUCUCUGUGGACCAGGCUCUGUGUGGACCAGGCUCUGUGUGGACCAGGCUCUGUGUGGACCAGGCUCUCUGUGGACCAGGCUCUGUGUGGACCAGGCUCUGUGUGGACCAGGCUCUCUGUGGACCAGGCUCUGUGUGGACCAGGCUCUGUGUGGACCAGGCUCUGUGUGGACCAGGGCUGUGUGGACCAGGGCUGA